AUACUUUGUUUCUUGAUUCUUGGAAAAGUUUUACAAUAUUAUUUAGGUUUUCUCCAUUUAUUAUUUUUUUAAAGUGAGAACUACAUUCCUAUCAGAUUGGUAGAUUCCACUAUCAAAAUGAUGCGUUUGGAAAAUUUACUAUUAUGUACUCUCAUAGUAAAUAGUAUCAUCGCGGGUAUUCGUGCAUAUGAUGAUUACAAUAUAAUUGCAGAAAACGUUGAGAAACUUUUGGAUAAUUUCGAAAGUUACACUUAUCCAACAAAUAAUGAGAUUUUUUUUGAAUCUAAUGAGAAAACAGCAGACUCUACUUGUGAGGAAAAGGAGUACGAUUUUAUUAUUGUUGGAGCCGGAACGGCUGGUGGAGUGUUGGCAAAUAGAUUAACAGAAGAAGAAGAUUUUACAGUUCUGGCAUUAGAAGCUGGAGACGAACCACCUCAAUUGUCGGAUAUGUUAGCUGUCAGUAUUUACUUGCAUCGUACUCCCUAUAAUUGGGGCUAUAACACGACUGCGCAAAAAAACAUGUGUUUAGGUUCACGAGACAAUAAAUGCGCAUAUCCCAGAGGAAAAAUGUUAGGCGGUAGCAGUUCAAUUAACUUUGGAAUGUACGUUAGAGGUCACAGGCAAAAUUUCGACCAUUGGGCAUCUUUAGGUAAUCCUGGUUGGUCAUAUGCUGACGUUUUGCCCUAUUUCAAAAAAGCAGAACAUGCGACUUUUGAUAAUGCGGAUCGUGAUUAUCAUGGUUUCGAUGGACCUCAGAAGAUUAGUGUACCUGAAGAUACACCAUUGUUGACUGAGGCCCUAAUGAAGGCUCACAUAGAACUUGGCAAAAAUGAAACAGACUAUAACGGAAAAGAACAAGACGGUGUAGCUAGAUUGCAAUUUUUUUUGGAUAAAAAUAUACGCGCAAGUUCAAACCAUGCUUUUAUUAAACCAGUAAAAAAUCGUCGAAAUCUUGAAAUUAGCGUUAACUCUUACGUUACCAAAAUUCUUAUAAAUGGUAACACGGCUUUUGGUGUUCAAUAUUUAAAGAACGGCAAAGAAUGCACUGCGAAGGCAAGUAAAGAGGUGAUUUUAUCAGCCGGUGCAAUUAACUCACCUCAGCUUUUAAUGUUAUCUGGAAUUGGACCAAAAGAAGAACUGGCGAAACAUGGCAUAGAACUUAUAGCAGAUUUGCCCGUUGGAAAAUAUUUACAAGACCACCAAUUUUUUCCAGGAAUAUUUUAUAGACCCAAACGCGAAUUUUAUCACAAUUCAAUCCUAGAAAAUGUAAAAUUAUGGACAGAGAACAAACGACCACUUACUCCCAGCAUGGGUCAACAAAUAGUAAGUUUCUGGAAUUUCCUUGGCCUUGAAGGAACUGUACCAGAAAUCGAACUUUUCUUUUUUGGACCACCGUUAAUAAGUUACCACCUUGCAGCAAUUUUAGGAUACACAGAUGAGUAUAUUGAGAGCUUCAAAACCUUAAACCCAUACAGUGACAUAAAUGUCAACAUAGAACUUCUUCACCCGUUAUCCGAAGGGAGUGUAACCCUUAACUCAAGAGACCCUAGAGAUUUCCCGCUUAUUGACCCCAACUACUUUUCAGAUCCAAAAGGUGUUGAUCUUGAGCUUAUGUAUGAAGGAGUUAAGGUGGCUUUGAAACUGAACGAAACCGAAGCUUUUAAGAGCCUAGGGCUAGAGCUGAUAAGUAUUCCAUAUCCUACUUGCGAUUCGAAAUUCGAAAAAAUGUCCAAACCAUGGUGGUUUUGCGCUUUGAAAACCUUAUCUUCCACGCUUUUCCAUCCGAUAAGUACAACAAGAAUGGGUCCUAAUCCUGAAACUUCAGUUGUAAAUUCAAAACUAAAGGUACACGGAAUCCAGAAUUUAAGAGUAGUGGAUGCUGGAGUGAUGCCGGAUCAUAUUUCCGGGCACCCGAAUGCAGCAACUGUUAUGAUUGCAGAAAAAAUAUCUGACGAAAUUAAAGUUGAACAUUUGGGGCCACCAAGAAGAUAAUGAAAUACAUAUCUAUAAAUAAAUGAGUACAUAGAUAAGUAGAUUAAACCAUACCCAGCAUAAUGACCGACCUGAGUCCAUGCACGGUGGUUUUGAAGUUGUUAUUGCACUUUUUUAGGUUGUCUUCGCUGGUGACUUGGUAAAAGGUUUUGGUUGUUCAUCCAGGGUUGAUAAAUAAUUAAAAUCAGUUUUCUCAAGCUA